CAGCUUCCUGGGAGGGAUCCAGGGCACCUGCCCAAGACACCUGUUCCCAAGGAGAACUGAGGGCUGUGGAAGACACCAUCUCUGGGAGGUGCCCUGCUGGCUCCCUCACCUCCCUCUUGCAACCGGGAGCUGCAGAAGAGGAAGUCUUGGUCAUGCAAACCAGCAGCAAAAGCCCCAAAGCUGGAGCCGCUGAAGACCCCAUGGGCACUGUGCCCUACUUGGACAGGAUGCUGUUUCCAGCCGAGGCUAAGCAGAUGGAAGGGGGGGAGGGAACAGCACCCACUGUGGAUGUGGGUGCUGAGUCCAGUGAGAUCCCAGCGUGUCCUGUUGAUGAGAAGGGCCUGGCAGGUGGUACAGUGAGAGAGACAGAGAAUGACAGGCCGAGGACAGAAGAACUUUCCCAGGACCCGAAGAGGGGCGUGGCACAUGCUGAGCAUGUGAGCUCCAAGCCAGCCAGCUCGCUCACAGGGUUCCCUGACUUCAGGGAGCACAUCACCAAGAUCUUCGAGCAGUCUGUGCUGGGCGUUCUGACCGCCGAGAGGCCCCGGAGUGCCCCUGCUGAUAAGGCAGGGAGUGUAGUGGGCAAGGAUCUUGCCGUGUCAUUAGGCCCAGAGAAGCUUCUAGAUGGGAUACAAGGAGUAGCCAGCCCCUCUCUCCCUGCACUCCCUGCUGGACUCUGCAUGGAGAGGAAGCCAGAGUUGGCUGAGAUUUACCAUCCUGUUCUCCAGGUGCCAGCUAUGGGCCUGGGGUUGCUGGCCUCAGGGCAGAACCCACCAGGUGCUGGGGUAGGGGAGGUGAUGGUAGGUGCCCCACCCACAGUGAGGAGAAGCAGGGGGCCGGAGGGGGCUGGGGAGUCUCAGGCUCACUUGCAGUUGAGGAAGGCCGGGCAGGGCACAGCCUCUGGUCCUGCCUCGCAGGGGCCCUUGCAGGUGACUCCCAUGAGUUCUGGAGAAGCCUUGGAUCAAGCUGACAGACCUCCUUCUAGACAACAGCACCAGGGGACACCUGCUUGUGACGGGCAACCUGGGGAAGAUGGCCCUCAGGAUUCUGUUCGCCCAGAGUGGCCAGGCGAAGUGCCCAGCUCCACCUCUGUCCUGGGCACCUCUGCUCCCCAUGGCGGUGCUCUGACUGGGCCUGAGGCCAGUGAGGAGGACUGGACCCUGGACCUGCUUGGAGGUACUGCUGGUGUCCCAAGGGACCAGAGUGCCCUGGAGCCAGCAGCUGGAGAGGUGCCGGCCAUACCCCUGGACUCUAGCGAAAUGUCCGGAGCUGCUGGGGAAGCAGCCGCUGACAUCACACAGAGCCCAGCUGAGACACAGGCAUAUGACUCAAGUGACCUGCCUGAAACAGGUCCGACAGGGGUGCGCUCCAGGUCAGCUUGUGACACAGCCCUGCCAGGAGGCUGUUGGGGCCCAGGCCGCCCUGAUUCGGCUCAGUCCAUGGAAGACACAGCCAUCUCGUGCGAGGACAGCCCAGCUGGAUACCAGCAGGCUGUGGAACAGCUGAGGCGCGAGCACCCCACUCCUGCUGGGGUCAGGAAGAUGUGUGCCUCCUCACCUCCAGCACCUGGCGGUGCUCAGGACUGGAAGCUGCCAUGCUUGGUUCCAGAGGAGCUCCAGACUGCCACCAGUGUCUCGCCGGCUGCUGCUCAUGUGGCCCUCGCUCCCCCGGCCUCAGAACCUGCAGCCCAGCCUUCUGCCCCAUAUGUUGAUGGAGUAGCAGCUUCCACUGUGUCCUGCUGGGAUCCUGUCAAGGCUGUCUGCAGGAGUUCUGAUUCAGAAGAAGCAUUUGAGACUCCGGAGUCGACGACCCCCGUCAAAGCUCCCCCAGCCCCACCACCACCGCCCCCCGAAGUCAUCCCUGAACCUGAGAUCAGCAUACCACCACCCCCGGAAGAACCAGGCUGCAGCUCUGAGACGACCCCCGUGCCCGAUGGCCCACGGCACGACUCGGUGGAAGGCAGCCCUUUCCGGCCUCCCUCACACUCCUUCUCAGCUGUCUUCGAUGAAGACAAGCCCAUAGCCAGUAGUGGGACUUACAACUUGGACUUCGACAGCAUCGAGCUGGUCGACUCCUUCCAGAGCUCAGAGCCUCGCUGCCCAGACUCCAAGCCUCAGGAGUGCCCAGGGAGCACACGGAGGAAAUCCUCGGACUCUGUGCCUGCCUCCAAGUCCACGCUGCCCCGCUCCCUCAGCCUGCAAGCCGGAGACUUUGAUGGUGCUUCCUGCUCGGGCAGCCCUGAGGCCACGGCCCCUGCCGUGGAUGUGUACAGCACGGGUCCCAGCAGCGCGUCUAGCACCCUUAAGCGAGCUAAAAAGCCGAGGCCGCCAUCCUUGAAAAAGAAACACACCACCAAGAAGCCUGCAGAGACGCCCCCAGUGGAAGAGACGCAACCAGAGCCAGCCGACGAGGGACCUGUCCACGCUGAGGAGCAUGUAGCAUCAGAGACCAAAACGGAGCCAGCCAAGCCUGAGGGUUCCAGAACGGGCACGUCCGAGGAGAGUCCCCUGGAACCUGCAGCUGCAGCUGUACCCGACAGCACCUGCUCGCCAGCCUUGGAGGAUACGGAGGAAGCUGGUGCUCCAGCCCCGGCAGGUGGCAGAGGACAGAACUCUCCCCCAGUGCAAGCCUUGUCCAGCAGCACGGCCCCCGAGGCGGCAGAGGGGACCUCCACGGAAAGUGGGGGACAAGGAGACUCCCCUGCCAGAGGGCUGCCGGUGAGGCUGGAGUUUGACUACUCUGAGGACGGCCAGGGGGACAGCACCCCUCCUACCAAAAAGACAGGCAAAAAGCCCAUCACCAAGAUGCCCCUACGGAGGCCAAAGAUGAAAAAGACCCCCGAGAAACUGGACAACGCCCCUGCCUCACCCACCAGCUCCCCUGCUGAGCCCAGCGACAUCCCUAUCGCCAAAGGUACCUACACCUUUGAUCUUGACAAGUGGGAUGACCCCAACUUUAACCCCUUUUCUUCCACCUCAAAAAUGCAGGAGUCUCCCAAACUGCCCCAACAGUCCUACACCUUUGACCCCGAGGCCUGCGACGAGUCCGUUGACCCCUUUAAGACAUCCUGUAAGACCCCCAGCUCCCCAUCUAAGUCCCCAGCCUCCUUUGAGAUCCCAGCCAGUGCCAUCGAAGCCGGCGCUGUGGACGGGGACGGGCUAAACAAGCCCGCCAAGAAGAAGAAGACGCCCCUUAAGACGAUGGUUGAAGAUGUGAUGUCUGUGUGUUCUCUGUUUGACACAUUUAGGGUGAAAAAGUCGCCCAAACGGUCUCCUCUCUCUGACCCACCUUCUCAGGACCCCACGCCGGCCGCGACCCCGGAGGCCCCACCAGUCAUCUCCGCUGUGGUCCAUGCAACAGAUGAAGAGAAGUUGGCGGUUACCAGCCAGAAGUGGACAUGCAUGACGGUGGACCUGGAGGCCGACAAACAGGACUACCCCCAGCCCUCCGACCUGUCCACCUUUGUCAAUGAGACCAAAUUCAGUUCGCCUACAGAGGAGUUGGAUUACAGAAACUCCUAUGAAAUUGAAUAUAUGGAGAAGAUCGGCUCCUCCUUACCUCAGGACGAUGACGCCCCGAAGAAGCAGGCCUUGUACCUCAUGUUUGACGCUUCUCAGGAGAGCCCCGUCAAGUCUCCUCCUGCCCGAAUGUCUGACUCCCCAACCCCAUGUUCAGGGUCAAGUUUUGAGGAGACUGACGCCCUUGUGAACACCACAGCAAAGAUCCAACAUCCUGUCACCCGUGGGCUGGCCCCCAGCCAGGAGCCACCCAUGCAGGUGCCUGAGAAACCUUCACAGAAAGAGCUGGAGGCCAUGGCCUUGGGCACCCCCUCAGAGGCAGUGGAAAUUUCAGCUCCUGACGGUGCCUUUGCCUCUGCUGACGCCCUGCUCAGCAGGCUGGCUCGCCCCACCUCUCUCUGCGGUGCGCUGGACUGUCUGGAGCCCGACUUAGCUGAAAAGAACCCCCCAGUAUUUGCUCAGAAGUUACAGGAGGAGUUAGAGUUUGCCAUCAUGCGGAUAGAAGCCCUGAAGCUGGCCAGGCAGAUUGCCCUGGCUUCCAGGAGCCACCAGGACACCAAGAGAGAAGCUGCCCACCCCACAGAAGUCUCCAUCUCCAAGGCAGCCUUGUACUCCCGCAUGGGCACCUCCGACGUGGAGAAGCCUGCGGCCCUUCUGUUCCGGCAGCCGGACCUGGAUGCGGCGCUGCAGAUGGCCAGAGCAGAGAUCGUAACCAAGGAGAGAGAGGUCUCGGAGUGGAAAGACAAGUAUGAAGAAAGCAGGCGGGAAGUGAUGGAGAUGAGGAAGAUCGUGGCCGAGUAUGAGAAGACCAUCGCGCAGAUGAUUGAGGAUGAGCAGAGAGAGAAGUCGGUCUCCCACCAGACGGUACAGCAGCUGGUCCUGGAGAAAGAGCAGGCACUGGCUGACCUGAACUCUGUGGAGAAGUCCCUGGCUGACCUGUUCCGGAGAUACGAGAAGAUGAAGGAAGUCCUAGAAGGCUUCCGCAAGAAUGAGGAGGUACUAAAGAAGUGUGCACAGGAGUACUUGUCCCGUGUCAAGAAGGAGGAGCAGAGGUACCAGGCCCUAAAGGUGCACGCGGAGGAAAAGCUGGACAGGGCCAACGCUGAGAUCGCCCAGGUCCGAGGCAAGGCCCAGCAGGAGCAGGCCGCCUACCAGGCCAGCCUGCGGAAGGAGCAGCUGAGAGUGGAUGCGCUGGAGAGGACGCUGGAGCAGAAGAAUAAAGAGAUAGAAGAACUCACCAAGAUUUGUGAUGAGCUGAUCGCCAAAAUGGGGAAGAGCUAACUUUGACCCCAACGUCUGGACUUAACCGUUGCGUGCAAUACGACCGUGAGCACACUGCUGUGCUCCUGGUUCCACGGACAGGUGGUCUCACAUUUUUGUAUGCACUACUGUAUUUCCUUUCUAAAUAAAGUUGGUCUGAUCGCGGUA